AUGAAAUGAAAAGAGCUAGUUCUGCUUCGGACACUGAUUCAUGAUGAACAACAACACUGCCAGCUGAUCACACUCAUGAGCUAAUUUUAAAUUUAAAUAUUUUGUAUAAUGGCUAAAAACACAGCCACAGCCGGCGACAAAGCAGCAAAGAAGAAGAUAUUAAGCAGCGUGGAAUAUGCGCGUAUUUGUCAAUUUGUCAAUGGCUAUCACGGCAACCUGGCAAUUGACUGUGAACUGGAAAUGGUGAAUCGCUUCUUUAUUGACGUCGAACCACUGGCCCUGAUCUGUAUACUCCAAUCCGAGCUGUUUAACAAGGCUCGCGGGCAGCAUUGGCGCCACGAACAGCGUUCCAAGAAGCUGCUGCAAACUUACGAGGAUCAGUGUCAACUGUAUAAUGAUAAUGCUCUGCUGAUACGCAUGGCCUGUGUGGAAGGCAUGAGUCCCAUUGCCCUGUGUCGCAUAAUACUGCAGGAGAAAUAUGAGCUUAAGCAGAGACCUCAUGUUUCCCGCCUGCUAAAGUAUCCGCACUUGAUCAAUGAUCCCCGCCUGGCAGCCAAUGUGCAGCAGUGCCUGUACAGUGAUAAUCAAGAAGGACCUGUCACAGAUCUGCGACGACGCAUUGUUGGCGAAGAGUACGAGGUGAAGCUAAAGCAUCUGGCCAGGGAGGCAGGCAUACAUUUCUAUGAUGAGCAGGAUUUACGGCGCAUGGGCUACGACAAGACCCCAGAUAUCAAGAUGAUAUUACCAUUUCUGUACAGGGGCUCGGUGGUUAACUGGAUAGAGAGCAAGGCCAACUUUGGAGAUCCCAAGGGACACAAAUGGAACAUACAACAGCAGUUGCAAAGCUAUUGCAAUCGUUUUGGACCUGGCAUCGUUAUCUAUUGGUUUGGUUAUCACGAGGAGACGCCACAGCUACCUGAUAAUAAUAUUGGCAUUACCGUGCUUACAGAUUUCCCUGCUCGUGACGAUUUAGUUUUUAUGCAGCUUAAUUAGUUUAAUUAUUCAACUUUUAACCACUUGACAAGAAAUUACGAGUUAUUUAACAA